GGGGAACAAAGUAAGCUGGAAAGCCCUCAAGGGAGAAAGCUUCCUGAUUUAUCACUGCUCUACUUCUCUUGCGAUCGCCGCUGAGAGGAGAACCCGUUUGGCGCCCUUUCUUCUCAUCACUGGGAAGUUAUGCCGUCAACAUCACGACGUAGUCGCCAAAAGCUGUCUGCGGUGGUGAAAGUCAACAAAGCUGAAGACAGGAUUAACAACAUACCGAAAAAUCUUAUCGGCCAUAUUCUCUCCUUUCUUCCAACUAAAUAUGCUGUUAGAACUGGCAUUUUAUCCACCAAAUGGAAGUGGAUGUGGACAUCAAUCAGCAAUCUAGACUUUGAUGAUGAGAUAGAUCCCUAUAUUGAUCGACAUGAUGAUCAUCGCCAAAUGAGUUUCUUGAAGUUUAUCAACCGUGUGCUGCUUUUACUGGAAGGGUCCAAUGUGUAUAAGUUCCGUAUCAAAUGUUCUCGAAUUCCCGAUGUAUCCUAUGUUAAUCCCUGGGUCACUGCAGCACUGUUGCGUAAUGUCCGAGAACUUGAUCUCUAUCUUCACUUUGGGUCUUCUGUUUUGCUCCCUACCGACCUUUUUUCUUGUGACAAACUAGAAGUACUAAAACUGGGUUCUGAUUUUGUUCUCAACAUACCAAGUUUGGUUGAUUUAAAAAGUCUUAAAACCCUCUAUCUCAGUUCAGUACAAUUUAUGGAUGAGGAGUCUAUUAAGAGGCUCCUUUCUAGAUGCCCUAUCCUUGAGGUUUUGGAUUUAUUUGAAUGUGGAGGAAAGAAUGUCAGUGUUGUCAAUAUUUCAGCUCCAGCACUGAAGAAGCUUAUUGUGAAAUAUCCUGCACCAAAGUGUUGGGGAGAAGAGUCAGAAGGCUUUGCCAUGAAUAAUCUUAGUUCUCUUGUGGAAGCUAGUGUGGAUAUUGAUAUCUGCUAUGAACAAGACGCCGGUCAGUUUUAUACAUCCAUGGCUGGACUAGUUCACGGGAUUUCUAAUGUUCAAACUCUUCAUUUAUAUGGUGAUUGCAUUGAGGGACUUAUGGACGACUACUAUGACUGUGAUGACUUUCUGGAGUGGUAUCCUCCUGAGCGUGUACCUACUUGUUUGUUAUUUACACUUGAGAAAAUUAACAUUGGGAUGUUCCGAGGGCAAGAGAAUGAGGUGAAGAUGGUAGAGUAUUUUUUGGCUAAUGCGAAAGUUUUGAAGAUUAUGGAUAUACGGUUUGACCCAGAAGAAAUGAGCCUAGGACAGCCCGAUUACGAGGAUUUGAGGAAGCUAUUGGAAAUGCCAAGGGGUUCAACAAGUUGUAAAGUUUUGGUUUCUUAA